UUGAGCAGCAGAGCGAGUCCCACGGAUCAUCCACUCAUUUGUUUCUGCAUGUACAUAUCUUUUAUAUCUAUACACUUGGUCCAUUUCAUUCCUAAUCUUUCUUACUUUUUUUCAUUCCAUCUCUGCUUAAUUAUUUUCCAGAUCUCAAACGACAUGGAGACCUUCCUAUUUACCUCAGAAUCAGUGAAUGAAGGUCACCCCGACAAGAUAUGUGAUCAGGUUUCAGAUGCCAUUCUUGAUGCUUGCCUCCAGCAAGAUCCAGAGAGCAAAGUUGCUUGUGAAACAUGUACAAAGACGAACAUGGUCAUGGUCUUUGGUGAAAUCACAACAAAGGCGAAAGUAGAUUAUGAGAAGAUUAUUCGAGACACUUGCAGGAAUAUUGGUUUUACAUCAGCUGAUGUUGGCCUGGAUGCUGAUAAGUGUAAGGUUCUUGUCAACAUUGAGCAACAGAGCCCUGACAUUGCCCAGGGUGUUCAUGGUCAUCUGACAAAGAAGCCUGAGGAAAUUGGAGCUGGAGACCAAGGGCACAUGUUCGGCUAUGCCACUGAUGAAACAAAGGAGUUGAUGCCUCUGACUCAUGUUCUUGCUACUAAGCUAGGAGCCAAGCUUACAGAGGUGAGAAAGAACAAAACUUGCCCAUGGCUCCGGCCAGAUGGGAAGACUCAAGUGACUGUUGAGUACAAGAAUGAUAAUGGUGCCAUGGUCCCCCUCAGAGUGCACACUGUUCUCAUCUCAACUCAACAUGACGAGGGUGUGACAAAUGAGAAGAUUGCUGCUGAUCUGAAAGAGCAUGUGAUCAAGCCUGUUAUUCCUGCUAAGUAUCUUGAUGACAAGACAAUUUUCCACCUUAACCCCUCAGGUCGAUUUGUCAUUGGUGGUCCUCAUGGUGAUGCAGGACUCACUGGUCGCAAGAUUAUAAUUGACACAUAUGGUGGAUGGGGUGCUCAUGGUGGAGGUGCUUUUUCUGGUAAGGAUCCUACUAAGGUGGACAGGAGCGGUGCCUACAUUGUCAGGCAGGCUGCAAAGAGUGUGGUAGCUUCAGGGCUUGCACGUCGCUGCAUUGUGCAAGUUUCUUAUGCAAUUGGUGUCGCUGAACCACUGUCGGUGUAUGUGGACACUUACAAGACAGGGAAGAUCACAGACACUGAAAUUUUGGGUCUAAUCAAGGAAGCCUUCGACUUCAGGCCUGGAAUGAUUGCUAUCCAUCUAGACCUCACAAGAGGAGGCAACUUCAGGUACCAAAAAACUGCUGCUUAUGGACAUUUUGGCCGCGACGACCCUGAUUUCACUUGGGAGACUGUAAAGAUGCUGAAGCCUAAAACCUGAGUUUGAAUCACAGGUCUGCAAAUGAAUAUCUUUUCCAAAAUGUAGCUGUCCUAGUUAGAGGAAUAAAGAAGAUUAGUUCCAUACACAAGAUAUUCCACCUCCUCUUUGACUCUGCUAUUAAAAAUUUCUUGUUUCU